AUGUGCGCAUGGCUGCUGCUUGUCGGGGAGCGUGUUCUCGGCCUUUUUUCCGGUUCCAAAAUUGGUUUAGCCUCUUGCGCGCUCUCUCUCUCUCUUUUACACUUUUGCUUAUGCACUCGCUCUCACUCUUUUUCCAUUCUCCUCUUGACGCUGGCCUUUGCACUUUCUCAUUCUGCCUCACUCUUCGCCGUGCCCUGCCUCUUGUUCCUCUCUUUCUCUCUCGCUCUUGCCUUUGCUGUUGCUGUUGCUGUUGCUGUUGCUGUUGCUGUUGCUGUUGAUGGUCCGCUCUUCGUUUUAUUUCAUCCUCCUCAUCGUCCUCGCCUUCUCUCACUCCAUCGGCUCUCUUUCAUUUUCUCUUUCUCGCUUGCCUCCAAUCGGCCUCGCCAACAGCCUUUGCUCCACUUUUGUCUUCUCGCCUCCUUUUCUCUUCUUCUCUCCGGCCCCCUCUGCCUCAUUCUCGCUCACGCGCCUCCAAAGUUGCCUUUUGCCUUUUCUUCCGCUGCUCUGCCGCCUCCGUGCGCGCUCGCGAGGCCUGUCGGCGCCUUCUGCCGGGCCCGCCUUCGACCGACUCACGUCGUGAAUCCGUUCUCUCGUGUGCCUCUUCAUCAGGCGCCGUUGUGCGUGUGUGCCACGCGCGCGUCUCACGGCCUAUGGCCUAUGGGCUCGUUGGCUGCCGCUCGUGUUGGUUGCGCGACUCGCAAGACGCGCCUCGUUCGUGUCCGGCCUGCGCGCUGCCAGCCUUUGGGCCAGGCAGUGAGGCGUGUGUCGCGUGACCUGGCCAUCGUGUCACUGUGCCGCAUUGGCAAGCGCGAUCAGUCGCCUCGAUUCGGCUUUAUCGCCUCAACCGGCCACAGCCUCACACGCGCACGCCUGAGCACGUGGCCAGGCCAACAGUGA